AAUGAGCCACCAUUAGUACCAUAUCGUUAUCCAAUUAUUGGUCAUACGUAUGAUUAUUAUCAUGACCCUGCAAACUUUCUACAAAAAUGUAAAGAAAAAUAUGGCGAACCAUUUAGCUUAUACAUCCUUGGAAGU